AUUCACAAACUGCAGAUGGUGACUUCAAGCCUCAAUGCUCCAUCACGAACACCGUGCCAGAUAUCGAGUUUCCCACUGUACCCUCUCCGGUAAGCUCACCUCACACCUUUGCAUUUUCAUACCCCCACCACCCCACCACGAUCCUCAACUUGAAAUAACAUACGGAUUACCUGCACACAACGACGAGUAGUCGAAAAGAAACGAAAACAACCCAACCUCGCCGCCCAACCCAAACAUGACAACCCCACGCACACCCCCUCUCCUAGACCCCUACCUCACCCUCCCCCCCGAAGCCUCCCUGGUGCUCCUCACCUCCGUCCUGGGCGCAACCACAAACUGGCUCGUCCUCCGCCACCUGCACUCCCUCCUCGCGCCCGGCAGUAGCGGUAACGACGGCUCCUCCCCCGGGGGGGGAAGCACCACCGCCACCGCCGUCGUGUUGGCCAGCUACAUGCGCGACCUCGCCUUCUGGAGGGACGGCGCGGCGCGGCUGGGCGUCGACCUCGAGGCGCUAGGGAUGCGGGGGAGGUUCGCUUUCGUGGACGGGCUGGGCGGCGGCGGGAGGGGGAGGGGGAGGGACGCGGCGGGGGAUGUCGGACGGGCGGUGGAUUCGCUGCUUGGGGCUGGGGCUGAGAGGGUUGUGUUGGUGGUUGACCAGGUGGAUUUGAUGCUUGCGGCGGCGGGGGGGGAGAUGUCUUGGGGGGAUGUGCGGGAGAUGCUUAUGGGGUUGAGAGAGAAGGUCCACGCUUUGAUCCUCACCCUGUCUGCGGACGAGCCUCUGGUCUCGAGCCAGACUACGACACUGGAGAAGGAGCACGCCGCGUUAGUGCUCUCUGCCGCGCAUGAAGCCGAGAUGGUCAUGAGCCUCCGGCUGCUGGACACCGGUACGGCGAAGGAUGUCAGCGGGGUCAUACGGAUCACGCGCGGCGGUGCCGAGUCGGAGAGGUCGAUAGAAGAGAGGGAGUAUCUGUAUCACGUUGUGGGCGAUGGUGGGGUGCGAGUCUUCGAACGCGGGCAGUAGCAGACUCGGUUGGGGGCGCCGUAGAGCCGGAUACCAGCAACUCAUAGACAUCAUAUAGACAGAUACCCCUGCUUCCUUGAGGCUGAAGCAAAGCCCGGAGACAAAACUGCGGAUAGUCGCAUUUUCGACGCCAACGCAGAUCACACACACGGUAGUACCACAGACGUAGCCCUCAAAAGAGCAGAUUCUGCUUGUGCUUUGUGCCAAUGCUGUAUGAUUU